GAAUCGACAUUUACAACAUAUCGUCCUAAACCACGCUUGAGCUCCUUAAGACUGGGAAAGUGCAAGCGUGGCUGGACUGUUUGCCUCAUUUCCGAGCGCAAGACUAAGCAACUUUCACUGACCACGAGACCGUAAGUUCCGAAGGCUCUCCGAGUAUGUCGCCAUUCGGGAACGUUUUGAUCGACCUGAAAAUCGAGUGUUGAAAAUCGCCGAGUGACUCACAGCCAACUACGGUCACUCGAUUUUUUGACUUGGUUUUCCCACAUACAAAUGUUGCCUCUCUUAGCUGUCCCGUGCUUCUCAGCUUUCCCACCGACCUACUGCUCCAAUACCCCUCCUCCUCAUUAUUGUACAGACCCGACAAACGGAGAAAGGUCCAUUGAGCAUGCACCUCACCGGGUUGGGCGCGUUGCGGACGGUACCUUCAUCAGGAAUCGUGAAAGACUUACUGUCCUUUUAACACAACAAGAGGAUGGUAUCUCAUCUCCAGUAUAUGGCCGGAUGGGCAACAUCGCCGGAGCUGUACUUCUCAGCUCAUCAGAGGACAUAAUUGAGGUCAAAAUACAAGUAAAGUGCCAUUUCAUCGUUUUUUUUUCUUUUGAAGGUCGCCUGCAUUUCAUGAGUUCUGAGAAUGGUUCAAGGACGGUUCCGACCGUCAGCGAAACGUAUACCCUAUGGAAUUGCUCCCGAACGGAGAUCGAGUCAUGCCCGGGUUCCUUUCCCUUCUCUUUCUAUCUUCCGCUGGCAUUUGAGGAUAGUGGAAGGACCUACCCAUUGCCGCCUACCUUCCAGACUGCCUUCACUGCUGUUCCCAGCUUGGUAGUGACCUCCGUCUAUACACUUAUUGCUUCCAUCACCACUGUACGUCGUCCACUGAUGCUUGGGUUUGAUAAGGUAUCGUCUAUGCGUGUACCCAUAACUUACUACCCCAGAACCCGACCCGAACGCCCUCCCUUAUAUGUCCCUCUACUUUCCAGUAUCAAGACUUGCCCUGAAGAAUGGAACCAGGUCCUUGUUACUGUGAAAGCAAAGUGCAGUUAUAACCUUCUCCCCAUCCAAUGCAACUUCUUCGUACCAUCCGUCCAGGCGUUUUCUUUCUCGGACGUGAUCCCUUUCCACAUCCAACUCAGUGGUCCGCUUUUCUCUCUCCUCAUGCUCUUUCCCCAACGAUCUACCGAAUACGAACCUUCCAUUUCCGUCACCAUGCACCGACAAAUCAUCAUCGAAAUUCAGGGCCGAAAGUCGCAGAAGAAUCAAGAAAUCGGAGUAGGGACUAUGUGGCCCAUCCCUCCUCCGCCGUCCCAGUGUGAUCGCGAUGAAGAAAAAAGCAUCGAUUGGGGAGGUGAAAUCCGAUGCAAACCCACUGUCAAGGUGGGCGGGUUUGCAGCCUCUGGCCUUUCUGUCAAGGAUUACAUCCUCUUUUCGCUGGAGCCUCCAUCAAAUUCACCUUUCCUUCCCGCCCGGGGGCACAUUCCCAUACUUCUCACAACAGAUUCUUGGGCCGACGCCCCCAAUGAGGCAUGAGCCAGAAUAUUUAACUGGGUCUCUAUUGAAAAAGGUCGGCAUUCAGGUCAUACAAAAAUCGGUAUAAGAUGGAUGUAGCGUUCGAUA